AUGUACAUGUACAGGGAAGGCGGCUGUUGGACCUGCCGCUUGCGACGCAAGAAGUGCGAUAGGCAUGGGCCAGUGUGUCGUGUUUGCUCAGCACUGCUCAUCACCUGCCACUACACUCCGGAGAAGCCGGACUGGGUGGACGGCGGCGAGCGACAGCGGGAGAUGGCGGAGCAGCUCAGGCAGGAAGUCAGAGACAAGGCGCCCUAUCGCCGCAGCCUGGCAUAUACGAAAGCCAUUGUGCACGACGAAUGCAUGCCGUAUGCUACAGUACCGCCCGGUUUGCCGGAAGCCGGCGCCAAAGCCUCGGAUGCAGCUAAUCCGCCGACUCGCCCUCGCCGAGAUGCACUGGAAACAUUCUCUGGAAAAUCUCCAGGGUCGGGCAAUGGAAACACGCAUCCUGCUUCUGCACGGUUCCCCGGCGUGUCUUCCAUAGCCCCUUCGACUUCUUCUCCAGACAGAGACGUGCAACGCGCGCCGGACUGGACCGGCCUCGACCGGGGCCUCAUUGUCUGCUAUCUCGAAUUUUAUUUUCCCUUCCUCUUCCCCUUCUAUCAGCCCUCCAUGCUGGAUCGCGGACGGGCGUGGGUCGUCGACUUCAUCACGGACAGCCAGGCCAUGGAGCAGACGACGCUCAGUCUGAGCUCCUACUUCUUCUCGCUCGCGCUCGAGACGGCGCAGGAGGCCGCGCACGAGACGUGCAAGCAGAUCGCCUGGGAGAAACUGCUGAACCAAAUACACGGCACGUUCGGCCUCCUGCGGCAAGAACUGCCGUGUGUCACGGCCGCGGACGGUGUGGCAGAGAACCUGCCAAGGGCUGUGCAGAUCAUGGGCUGCAUCCUGCUGCUACAGCGCUUCGAGACGGCCGUCUGCAGCUUCGAGAACUGCGAGGCACACCUCAGCGCUGCCACCGAGCUCUUCCGGCAUGCCCUAGACGGCACAGGAGCUGCCGCCCUAGACGGCACAGGAACUGCCGCGGCCUCCGGCCCGACUGCACGGCCAUGCAGCUUCGCGUUGACCAUGCGCCAGCUACGCGGCCACGGCCCGCCCUGGCCGAGACAAUAUCCGACUUUUCAGGCUCCCAGCUCGGAGCAGAUGGCGUUCCGCUUCUUUUCCGCGCUGCUGCUCGUCGACGACAUCGUCGCCAGCACGGCCCUCGGCGAGGAGCCAAAGCUGCACCAGUAUCACGCCAGCAUCCUCGGCGAUGGCCAGUGGCCGGCCGACAGGGACGGCGAGGACGAGGCGUACACUAUCCGCCUCGAAGGCAUCGUGGGCUGCCAGAAUUGGGCAAUGGUCGCCGUCGCCAAGGUUUCGGCGCUCGACGCGUGGAAGAAGCGCCGGAGGGCGGCCGGGGACCUCGACGUGAUGGAGCUGGUGCUGCGCGCCGCGGCCAUCAAGGGAACGCUGGUGGCCAACCUGACCCGUGCCGAGGUCGCCCCCCCAUUAGCGGUUCCAUUUUCGGCCGGCACGGGCAGCAGCAGCAGCGGCAGCGGCAGCAGCGGCAGGAGCAGUGCCUGGGACAUCUUCACGCCGUGCAACGGCCAGGCGUCCGCGCUGGCCGAGCAGAGCCUGCUCGUCACCCGCAUCUGGGCUCACGCGGCCGCCCUCUACCUCUCGGUGGUCGUCUCGGGGUGGCAGCCCGCCAGCGCCGAGGUGCGCCACCACGUCGCUUGCGUCUUGGAGCUGCUGACGCAGCGCGCGCUGUCCUGGGCGGCCCUGCGCACCGUUGCGUGGCCUUUCUGCGUCGCGGGCUGCCUCGCGGCGCACACGCAGGAACCGCUCAUGAGGAGCGUGGUCGAGGGGCUGCGGCCGCCCGGUCUCCUCGGGCCAGUGCAAAAGGCCUUACAAAUCAUGGAGGCUGUGUGGCGCAGCAGGGACCUGCUAGAUUCUACCACCUGGGAUCUUGCGGCAUGCUUUCGAGGGCCGGGCCAUCUCGUGCUACUAGUGUAGCUAGGCAGAUAGCCGUCCUAACGUGCGGCAACGUAGGUAGGCUGCUGCUUGCUCGUACCGCCGUACCUUGGGUUCCUCUUGGAAUGCUGAAGCAAGGCAGACCGACUCAUCAUUUCCCUUACAGAAAGGACUUCACUUGUUGCUUGACUAGGAUACAUGGGUAGGUACUAGAAAGACGAGGAGGACGGAAAGAGCGUGAAGCUAGAGCUUGUAUUUAGUCUCUCAUGAAACAACUGCUUCUACCUGCGUGUCCAAGUUGUAA